CCCGUGAGAGCCAGCUAACAUUGAAUGCUCCAAAUGUCCACAAACAUCCCCAGACCCAAGCGCCCCUGCGCGGCAAAUCACUAAAUGCGGCGUUAGACCUACUUUUAACGAGACGUUCCAGCCCGCGAAAUAAGGCGCGCGGUCUGCGCACUAGCGUGGCGGCCUGCGCCAAGGGCCAGAUACCAUAUGGAGUUUAAGAUGUCUAUGAACGUCCCAAGAGGCAAGCGUGAUCGCCGCCGAGCGCUGCCCACCACAGUGUCUAUGAAAACUCCCAGAGUCGAGAGUAACCCAACCACAUGCGAACACACUUGAGCGCCGGUCAGCGCCAAAGAGCGCCGCCUAUCGUAGGGUGUUCUAAGUGUCUACAAACGCUCCUAGGGUCAAACGCGGGCCAAGCACACCUAGACAAACCCAGGCGCCGGUCAGCGCACCCAGCACACCCAGCACACCUUAGCACACCUCAUAAAGAAGCAUCCUUUUUAAUCAUAUGGUCACGUGAUAUAAUCUAUUCUCGGUCUUAACCUUCCCUUGGCUCCCCUAAAUUUGGCUGGACCACACCGGCUCGACCCUGUCCCGCAUUUUAGUGUCACCAGCCACACUAAUAUCCCACUAGCCACACGGACGACGGCCUCACGAGCCACGUUCUAUAAUUGGAGGGCCCUGCUUUUGUCGUCGUGAUCGAGCUGUUUAUAGACAUCGGAGGAAGCGGACACUAUCAGGUGAGAGGACCAUCAGCUCUUCCCUUCUCAGUCCUGCGCACGCGUGGCCGGGGAAUAUAUAUAUACCUACCCCAUUCCCCUACCGAGACAUCUGAGAAGUCUUACAUAUUACCAAGCGCAUUACAGACUACUUUGCGCAAUCCCGCAGUCUUAUUUAUCGCCAAGAUCUCCAGUUGCGCAUUGCGCUCAGACAAGGCUUCACUACAUUCUUUGUCAACCUUCUAGCGCAUACCCCAAAAGCGCCUCUGAGACGUCCAGUGCCCGAGAGGCUGCCAGCAAUGUGUCUCGUCAGAGUUUCCAAGGAGGACGACCCCGUUGAGCCACCCCGGAUAUACGUUCGUCGUCGCGAAUCUGUCUCCCAUUCGCGGCGCACCUCUCAGGUCGUCAUCCGGCCAACCACCACUUCGCGCCAGUCAAUCACCCGCAUCACCUCAGUCGAGCAGCGUGCGCCAGUCGAGCGUGCGCCACGCCCUGUAGAAUAUGUCGAGGGCUACCCGGGGCCCAACCCGGACCCGGGAAACUUCCCAAUGAUAGUGCAGGCGCCGACGCCCAAUCGCAGCCCGAGGAACAGCCCGCGCACAAGCCAUACACACGUCGUGAUGUAUGAAGGCAGCCCGCGCAACAGUCGCACGAGCGUGACGAGCCGACAGAGCGUGCGGCAGGGGAGCCUGAGGAGCCAGAGGAGCCAGCGCUCGCGACAGGAUGGUCGGCGACACAGUCGGAAUAAUAGCGGGGAGAUUUUCAUCGUCAAUCCGCCCGUGCGCGAGCGCAGUCGCAGCCCUGCUGUUGAGACAAGGGGGAGGGCGGAUAGCUAUGCGGUAAGACAUGUUAGUGUGGGGAGGGAGUCGAGGGAUCCGAGCAGAGAGCCGAGUCGGGAGAGGAGGAGCAAGGUCCAUCUCACCACGCCGCUGUCGCCGAUGGAAGUUGACAAGGUGCAGCGUGGGCUGGAGGCUUCGAGGGAUACGAUGAUGGUUGAAGACGUAAGGCCACGCGCACGGAGUAUUACGUAUGGUGCUAAUCCGAGGAUGUCGGCGGGUAGACUGGAGGACCGUGAGAGAGUGCUCGUUGAAGAGGAUGGGAGGCGGAAAGAGUUCUACAAGACGAAGAGUUUGAGUCCAUGAGGAUGAAUGGAGGUGUCGCAAGAGAAGUUUUGUUUUCUGAUAUACAGCAUUGUCAUACCCAGGAGCAUUUGUACUAGCUUUUGUAUAUUACAAAUUUACUGCGAUUCUUGUUA